UCAAGAUCUCAACUUUCGUAUUAAAACCCCCCUAAUUAUUAACCUAAUCCCAACAUAAUCUUGGAUUUAAUUACCUCUCAUUCCCCAAAACUCUUCACCUUAUUGCACUGUGUAUUUGUGUAUAUAUAUAUUACAGGUAUAUAUAUAUAUAUCCUCUCUUUGUUUGCUAGUGUAUUGAAAGAUUUCAGUUUCAAGAGAAUUAAAGUGAUCUGAAAAUGGCUUCCAAUGGAAACAAUCAUGUAUCAACAAAACCACCACCAGAGCCUUCACCAUUGCGAAAGGCAAAAUUUUUCCAGGCUAACAUGAGGAUUCUGGUGACUGGUGGUGCUGGAUUUAUUGGCUCUCACCUUGUUGACAAAUUGAUGGAAAAUGAGAAGAAUGAGGUGGUUGUUGUCGAUAAUUACUUUACUGGAUCAAAGGAUAAUCUAAAGCAAUGGAUUGGUCAUCCAAGAUUUGAGCUAAUUCGCCAUGAUGUUACUGAGCCAUUGUUGAUUGAAGUUGACCGAAUUUAUCACCUUGCUUGCCCUGCUUCCCCUAUUUUUUACAAGUAUAAUCCUGUUAAGACAAUUAAGACAAAUGUACUUGGAACAAUGAACAUGUUGGGACUUGCCAAGCGAACUGGGGCAAGGAUUUUACUCACAUCGACUUCUGAGGUUUAUGGAGAUCCACUCGUGCACCCUCAAGACGAAAGCUAUUGGGGCAAUGUUAAUCCAAUUGGAGUUAGAAGUUGUUAUGAUGAAGGGAAAAGAGUGGCUGAGACUUUGAUGUUUGAUUAUCACAGACAACAUGGAAUUGAAAUCCGAAUUGCUAGAAUCUUCAAUACUUAUGGUCCUCGAAUGAAUAUUGAUGAUGGUCGUGUUGUCAGCAACUUCAUUGCCCAAGCAAUUCGUGAUGAAGCGUUGACUGUCCAGUUGCCAGGAACACAAACACGCAGCUUUUGUUAUGUCUCUGACAUGGUUGAUGGCCUUAUUCGGCUUAUGGAGGGAGAUAACACUGGACCAAUUAACAUUGGAAAUCCAGGUGAAUUCACGAUGAUUGAACUCGCGGAGAAUGUGAAGGAGCUCAUCAAUCCGGAAGUGAAAAUUAUCACAGUGGAAAACACUCCAGAUGAUCCUCGGCAGAGAAAACCGGACAUCACAAAGGCAAAAGAGUUAAUAGGCUGGGAACCAAAGAUCAAGUUGCGCGAUGGUAUUCCUCUGAUGGAGGAAGAUUUCCGCGGCAGGCUUGGAAUUUCAAGAAAGAAGUAAACAGUUUAAUACAUGGUUGAAAAUGAUGGAAAAUGGGAGUUCAAGAAUUACAGAUGCUUUGCAUCUUUUGCUUCGUUUUAUAGAGUUUUCUCAAUUUUGUUGUGCUUUUAUCUUCUGAAUGGAGAAUAAACUAUCGCCAGUGUGCCUUCUUGCUUUUAUUGAUUAUCAUACAUGUUUUAUCAUCUAA